ACGAAGAUGCAACUGUGAAGAUGAUCUAAAUUAGUAUUAGAGAUUUGUUUUGGAAUUUUGCAGUUGGGGAAUUAUUAUUCCAUCGUGGGAGUUUUGAGGUUCUUGGAAAGAAAGUAUGAGUGAUGACUGCCAUAUCAGAUCAUGAAAAUACGAGUGUACAAUGUAGUGGAUGGAGAAAUCUUCUCUUAUCAGUUACCUCUCUUGAUUGGAGAAAUAGACAACUCCACGGAUGAUGGCGUCAUCUACGUGCAGAACCGAAGUGAUCCUCAUGGACAGAAGUUGGAAUGGCCAGUUGUCGAGGGAUGUUUUAAAGUUCUGGUGUAUCUUAAAUCUGGAAAUAAUACUAUUAGUCUGCUAUACGAGGAUGAAAUUGUAACAUUGAAAUUAGUGCACGAGGAUCCCCAUUUUGUUAACUUUGUCCGCCCUGUAUAUGUGAUGUGUUCCGACGACGAUGGAUAUUUUCAAGGCCCUGAAUCAACUGAUUGCUCACCAAAUAGUGCCCUCCGUAGAAUAAUAUUUGGAGCAGAGUUAAUCCAAACAUUUACUGCUGAAAAAAUGAAAGAACAUGGUUUUGGGAGAUCGACUUUUCAAUUAGAAAAAGAUGUUAAUAAUAAUCAUAUAUGUCAUUUAUUACGAAGCAAAUUAACUUUAGAAAAGGCCUACGCUAUGUCCGGUAAUGAACUGUGGAGUUACUUUGCCAAGGAAUUAAUGUCCAGUGAUUUAAAUGAUAAAGAUAAGUGUAAAUGGUAUUGUUUUAUGUCAUUUACUCGUUAUAAUCCACCAGAUAAUGCAGAGAUUCCUAAAACACACAGCGAAAUACUCAAAUAUACGAAAGGUCACACAGCUUUAGGAGGGGGUGGCUUAGCCUUAUUUGGAACGGGAAAUCUACACACAUGGGCAGAAGGCUUAGAUCAGCUCUACUCUAAGUUUACUGAUUGUCGUAAAAUAGAUAGACGAAAAUUCAUGGAUGAUAGUGCUUACAGAGAAUAUUAUUGGGCUAAUUAUGCAACAGGUCUUGGUGCCUCACUACAUGAGUUAGGACAUACAUUUGAUUUGGCACACACAUCAUCAGGAAUCAUGGCUCGGGGUUUUGAUGAUCUUCAUAAAGUUUUCACAGUACAGAGACUAAAAAGUGGUAGAAAUAGUCGUGAAAGUCAACGAUACAGUAAUUCCAGUAUAUCUAGGACACCAUCUACAGGCAGCAUAGAAAGCGUAUCUUUAAUAAAUAGUUUUGAAGGUCAAAGAAGAUAUAAGGAUGUAUGUUAUGGCAGUCCUUAUAAAAAGCCGUCACAUUCUAACACUAAGAACAAUGUUUAUGUACCACCACCACCCUUAGUUGUUCGUGUUGAAACCAGUUUUAAACCAGUAAAAUCACCAUCCACCCUUACCUUGUCUGUCAAAAAUUAUGAUGGCACUGAAACUCAAGAAACUAUAUCUCAGGAAGAACUUAAUAACAGUGAAGCAUUUAGCACCACCACUGCCACAACUAGCGGAGAAGAAGACUUAAAUAAAAAUAUCCACAGACGAGAGCGUCGACCCAGUUCCUGUUCAUCAGUAAGUUCUGUAUCUAGUAUAUCACCUACGUCAUCAACACCAUCAACAUUACCUAACUCACCUGAUGAACCUGAUCUUAGAUUACCAGAAGUACAUUUUGCGGAUGAUGGCGCUCAUUGGUUUCGUUCUUCCGCUGUUAUACUCAGGUUUCACAGAUGGUUCAAUAAACCUGAUGUAAAUAACCCUAAAAAGCAUCCUGUCUUGUCUGGAUGUCGAAUCAAAUCACCAUGUGGCUUGCGAAUCAUUGAAAUUCGUAGUGACCCCGAAGGCCUUGUCUUGCAGCAUUGGGAAUUUUUGCAUGAAAUGACACCUUCUGAAUUUACUUUGAAGAAAUCACGGAUUAGAACCAUUCCGGAAGGUGCUAAAACGAUCUCCAUCCUGGCUCAAGAUCGCUACGGCAAUAUUUUGAAGAAACGGUUCAAAGUGAUGAACUUGGAGUGAUAAUUAAUUUUAAAAACUGUUUGUUACACAUGAUGUGUCGUUGUUUAGAUUUUUAAUUUAACAUCUUAGAGGUUAUUUGUUGAUUUGUUGAUUAAAAAGGAGAGUUUAUGAACUUCUUUUCCUGUGAGGGGUAAAUUUUUACGAAUGUUAAUGUGAAUAUAUUAUUGUUUAUGUAGAUACUACUGAUGUAUAUGUUGAAUUAACCUUCAAAGGAAAUGCAACUUAGAUUAUUUAUAUGGCAGUUAUUUCUAAAAAGAAAAAGAUAUAUUUUCUGUUAUUUUUACAUAAUGGCUUUUAUAAGUACUUUCUACUUUGAAUAAGAAAUUCAAAUAUUGUGCCAGUCCCUUUUUUAAAAAGAUGAUUACAUUAUUGAUAAAACAUAAAACUUCGGUCAAUAUUGUUUUUUAUGGAAUGAAAAUGUUUACGCAGAAUAAAUAAGAGUGGGAAUAGGAAAAGUAACUUUAAUAAGAGAUGUAAUUUUCUUCAAGACAUUUUUGCUUAACACAGGAAAACAUUUUUAAAAUUAUGAUACCCGGUAAAUAAAUCUGACUAAGAAAUUUUUUUUAAAUGCAAGAUGCCCAAUACUCUUACAUUUUUGCCUACGAAUUUACAUCAUGUACAGUACAUCUGGGAGCAUAAAGGAAAUUCAAUGAAUAACAUUGUUUGGUAUAUGAUUUUGGACUUGUCAGUUAAUAAAAAUGUAUUUAUUUAUUGGGUCUUUGAGGUGAUUUAUGCGCUAAUAAAAAUGUAUUUAUUUAUUGGGACUUUGAGGUGAUUUAUGCGCAAGUAAUUUUCAAUUUCAUCUAACGAACAUUCUCAUUACAAAUUUUUAUAGCACAUGAAUAAAAUGGAAAUUUUGCACGGAAAUACUCUUCUAGGAUACCUUGGGGUGUUUCAGGGGUGUUUCUCCCGUGAAAUAGUGCAUCAAAAUUCUUCUCUGAGCUUUAACAAAAUAUUAUUUUACUAUCUCUAUACCUCUUUGGAAUAUUUGUAAUUUUAAAAAAAGAAAAUGCAGCAUUCUUUUCUCACUUCAAAUUUUCUAUCUAAAUUUAUUUUAAUUAACAACACAAUUCUAACCCUUAAACUAGUAAUGCUUAUGUUAAUAUGCUUACAUCAAAGCAUGUAACUUCUUACUUACAGGUAGCAAAUUGUCUAUUUAUACAUGUUAAAAUGAAUGCUAAAUUAUAUGACUUCUUUCCUAAAUAUUGUAGUUUGAGUUUUUAUUUCCUUUAUUAUUACUUUUAAUUAACUGUCAUAUUUUUUAUGUUAAAACAGAUGUUACAAGAUAUGGUGAAAAAGACAAAUUAUUAUUUUAAGAGUGAGGGUAUGUCAUGAAUUCAACUCCAUAUAAUUAAAGAAACACCAUAGAUGUAUAUAUUAUAUUAUUUGUUAUUUGGCAUGUUGUGAAUUUUAAAUUGAAUUAUUUAUAUUCAGGGAUAUAUACUAUUAACUUAAGGAUGUAAUAGAAUUGUUAUAUAUUUAUUUCUCCAUUUUUGUAUUUCUAAUUUAAUUAAUAUAUAUUUUUUUUAGCCAAAGAGUUUGUAAUUUAGCUUUAUAUAAACUGUUUAGUGAAGUAUCUUUUUAUACCUUAUGAUUAUGAAUGAUCUUUUUGCUACAGAUUGGUUGAAUGUUAGUGCAUAGGUUUUGUAUUUCCAUAUUUUUCUAUUAGUUUUCUAUAAUAAAUGAAAGUGUUGUUCAUGUGAAAAAUACCAUAGCAUAGGUGAUUUGUAACUCAUUUACUAGACGAUAAAAAAAAACAAUUGGUGUUUAAGAAAGUAAUUAUUAAAACAUCAAUGUUACUUUUCUAAUAUAGAUUUUCGUAGUUUUAUGAAUUUUUUAAAAAAAACAACAACUUAUAAUGAAGAAAGUCUUAAUGUCACGGCCUACUAACCUUGCCAAAUAAAAGUUUUAUGGACGUUCACUCUAAACAUCCAGCUGUCUCGUACAUUUUCACUAAAAUUUUAACUUCCAUGAGAAAAAUAAUAUUCUUUUAAUAAAAGCAAGUUUUUAAGAUGUCAAAGGGACAAUGAAUAAUGAAUAUUUUUUGUAUUUUGUAUGUUAAUUGCUCAAAUAAAUGAUCUUCAUCCUCGUUAUUAUAGAUUAUAUGAUAGAAAUAAUAUUAUAUAUUAUAUUCUUGAAUCUGUAACAAAUUAUUUGAAUCAUGUAAUCAGAUAUUUUAGUAGAUAACUAAACUACAAAAAAACAUUACGACUCAUAAAAACUGAAUCUGAAUUAUAUGUAUUUAUUUAUCAAUUAUUAUUUUCAGCAAAACAAAUUUAUUAUUUUUUUGUGCAUUAUAUGUAUUAAGGAGCAUAUUGCCAAUAUUGGUACCAUUAAAAACCCAGACAUCCUUAUGGUUGCGAUAAAUAGUUGUUUAUCUAACAAAUAAAUAACAACAGACAAUAGGCCAGAAUGUGUAUUACUGUCAGACAUGUUUUUUUUUUCUGUGUUAUCUGCACAUGCACAUAAAAUACCCAAGUCAUGCCCCAAGUGCAGCUAAAAAUAGUUCUGGUUUAUCACACAGCUAAUUUUAAAAUUCGUUAAAAUUUGAUGGCAAUGAAACUGUACCAAAAAGAUGAAAUUAUAUCAAAAGUUUAAUGUUCCUUUAAAUAUAUUAUCUGUAUUAUUUAUUAAAUGUCAUCCAUUAUUACCUGGUGGAUGUUUGUGUAUCUCUCUUUUCAUGUUAUAAAUGGCCAUUAAAAUCAUUUCAUUCCAGUUUUGAUAAAUUUGUCUCAUUAAUUAUUAAUGUCACUGUUUCGUGCAAUGAAUUUUUCAUUAUAGAAUUAUAUUUAAACACAACAACUGGUAUUAUUAUAUGAAGUCUAUUUUAAAAAAUGUAAUACUCUGUAAUUUGUUGUUUUAUUACAUUCAUUAUAAUUAUACAUCUUAGGCUCCACUUAUGAUAUUAAUUAUAUAUGAUAUUGAUGGUAAAAUGUUCUUGUAUUAAUAUAUUUUAAUCAAAUAUUACUUAAAAUUAUAUGCAUUUACUUUUUUUUUUAAAGCAUGUGGUCUAAGGGGAGAUAAUGUCUUCAUGAAGCGAGAUGUUCAAUUAUCUCCCUUUAGUCAAUUAUAACCACAGGGUAACAUUUAAUGUUACAAUAUUGAUAAUCUCAAGAUAUUUGUAUGAUUAAAGAAAUAUGUGUUGUGAUGAAUACUGUAUCUUUGUAGAAGAAAUUUAGCUUAUUUUGCAUAUGUUGAUAUCAGUACAUUAUCUACCUUUUUAGUCCAAUGUGACCUGCUACAAGAGAGGAAAUACUCUUGUACCAUUGCUCGAAGGGUUUUAUAAAUAUGUGGCACUUCUGCAUAGAUGUAGUUCAAUAUAUUUUAAAUAGUGUAGUAGAUAGUUCUGUGGUUGUGAAAUAUAUUAACAUUACUAUUAAAGUAAUUAUUGUGAAGGCAGCACAAAACACCAUAGUUCUAUAACCUGUACAUUUACGUUAUAAUAGGUAGAAUAUAUUAUUGAUGGCAUUGUUAAAAAUAUAAUUAAUAUUGUAUUAUUAAUGAAUACUCUAUCUCAAAAAUUAAAGGAAACCUGUAUUUAGGGAUAAUCAGUGAUUAUGGUAAUAUCUUGACUAGUUAAAAGAGGAGUACGAGUAGAACUGCCUUGUUUAUCUGUAGUUUAAUAUAUAGAAAAUAUAUUCUAAUAAUGAUCACCUUUAAAGAUGCAUUAUGUAAGAUUUAGAUAAAGAUAAUGAAAAAUGAAUAUGAUGUUAUCAGGCUUUGAAGAAUAGUCUUGAUUGUCAAGUACCAUUGUUACGAUAAAUGAAACAAGUCUUGAUUAAUGAUUACUGGUAUCCAAUUUUAAGUAAAAUUAUUAAAUAGCGAUCAAGUUUCAAUCCAUUGAAAAAUGCGAAGAGAGUUGAUUAUGGGCUUGUCAUGUGAAUAAUGUCUAAUUGAUAAUUUAUAUCAAUCUGCAAUAGGCAGAUUUAGCUCUACAUAAUGCAUCUUUAACAAUAACAUUAUUAAUAGUCUGAUCGCCAAAUCCAGUAUUUCGAGUGAACCUGGAAAUUGUAUACAAAGUUUAUUUUAUGAUUGAGAGAGAGAGAGAAAUGGGAUUUAACGUCCACUUGACACAAACUUGGUCAUUUCGGGACUAACAUAUGGUUUAAUUUUAUUUCAAUGAUUCGGUUGCGCGUAGGGGUCUUUAACAGUGGGAGGAAACUGGAGGACCUGGAGAAAACCCACGAGGUUGGACAGGCGACCCUACUCCUGGUCACGUAUAACCGGGGAAUCGAAACCACGCCAGUUGAUGCAAUGACAGACUUUAUGGUACAGCGCGCACGUGCUAACCAUUCAGCCAUACAACCCCCCCCCUAUUUUAUGAUUGAUAUUAGUAGCCCAGGGUGUCCUCUGUUAAAAUCUGGCGGGUGAACCUCGGUCACCCUUGACCGAGGUUCACCCGGCAGAUUCUGAAAGAGGACACCCUAGGCUACUAAAAUCAAUCAUAUAAAAAAAAAAAUUUGUACACAAUUUCCAGCAUCAGCUAUAGUUCUGCAGGACUAUUAAUUAAUUAAUGAAGUUUCCCAAUGUUGUUAUGAAUUUUCAACACAUGUGCAAAAAGUUGACAAUCAUGUUUUAGGCAGUGUUUGAGAGAAUAAAAUGUAAAACUCUAAACUUCAAAAUGACAAAUACCAACACAAAUUAUUUUGAAUGUAAAACAAAAAGCAAGGUUUGGACACCAUGAAACAUCUUGAAUAUAAAAAAAGGAACUAAAACAUGUAUGUGGGAAGGAAAGUCAAUAUCUUGGAAACCAUCAGAAAUGUGUGAUUUUUCUUCCUAAUUCAAAGUCAAAUAACUAGAAUAUAAUUGUAUCAAUCAAUGAUAAAGUGAUCAAAUUAUUUGUAAUUUCAUGAAAAACAAUGUUGAAAUAAAAUGUUAUAUAUUGCA